AUGUUCAAUAAUCCAAAUGUUGACGAAAAUGAUGAAAUUUUACUUAACGUAGCUUUUGAUGAAGAUGAAUCGUCAACACCAUUAAAAAGAGCAAGCCAACCAAUUGAUGGUUGUGUGGCAAAGAAACCCAAGCUAGAUGAUUCUUGGGACAGUGAAAGUUCUCCUUCAAUAGUGAUUCAACAAAAAUCAAAUCACACAAAGUGUUAUACACCAAAUACUGCUAAAAGGCUGUUUCCUGGACCGGCUGGUCUUUUUGCUGAUGAAGAUCCAUCUAUUGCUUCUAGCCAAUUAGAAAUCUGUUCACAAAAAUCCUCAACAAUUUUUAAAGGUGGUCCCUGGGAAGAGAUGUCAAAGGACUUUAAAAUAAGUAAUUCUUCACAUUUGUAUGAUAGAUUUAAUAUUGCCUGGAUUAAAAGAGAAGCAAAUGCUAAUGCAUUUGCGGUUCAUAAAGCCCCUUUUUUGGCAGGCGUGUUGGUAUCAUUGGAAGUAACAAAGGAUCAGAAACAUAAAUCUGUUAAUGUUACUUUGAAGGAUUUUUCAGGUACAAUUCAGGGAAAUAUAGUUUACAGCCUCUAUGAGCAGCAUGCCAAUUUUCUAAUCCUAGGAUCCGUAUUGGUUCUAGCAAAAUUCGGUGUACUAUCAUGUAGUUGUGAAAAAUGUGACAACCAUCACUUGACUAUAAACUCUAAAAAUCUUAGUGCUGUAUACAAACAAGGAGAAAAAACUGUGAUAAAUGAAAUAGUACCUCAAGAAGUACUUACAGAGUAUGAAUCUAGAAAAAAGGAGAUAGCGAUAAUAAAUGUUAGAAAUAGGAAUAUUUUAAAAUGCAAUUCUUAUAAUGAUGUCUGCAAAAGGCCCUUUAACAAUACAUUUAUAGCUAAAACUUGUCAAAAAAGUGCUAAUUCUCCUAUUUCAAAUGAUAAUAAUAGUGUUUUGUUGGAUAAUAGACAUAAACCAUUAUUUACAUUUAAAAAAAAUCCUACGACUGUUCAAAAUAGUGGAAUAUCAGACUUUUUACUUGAGGAUAAACAAAAACCAGAAAUAUCUGAUAAUCAAAUAAAUAGAGAAGAAAUGGUAACAGGUACCAAAAAAUUCACCUUCAAAAAAACUUCCAAUAAAGCGGUUAAUAAUAAUUGUAAUUUAGUGAAUGGCGAGAAUAAUUUCCUAUCUUGUCUAAAACCAAAAGAAGAUGUUAACUUAACCAUUGAAAAUGACAGCAUUGAACAAGAACAAAUAUGGAAAGAGGCAUUGGAAGAUGUGGACUUAAAUUCUUUAUUCAGUGAUGACUUUGGAUAA